AUGGCUGCCCAGUCAGGAGGCCCCCUGCUUGGGCCUCACCCUCUGGUUGCUUUGGAGUUCUCUGCCAUCUGCCCUGUUGUGGAGCAAAACCUUUCCCUCUCGCGCUCAGCAGUGCAGGUUGAAUUGACCAAAGCAAUAGUUAUGGAGAAGCCGAGUCCCCUGCUGGUCGGGCAGGAAUUUGUGAGACAGUACUAUAUACUGCUGAAUCAGGCCCCAGACAUGCUACGUAGAUUUUAUGGUAAGAACUCUUAUGUCCAUGGAGGAUUGGAUUCAAAUGGAAAACCAGCAGAUGCAGUCUAUGGACAAAAAGAAAUCCAUAGGAAAGUGAUGUCACAAAACUUUACCAAUUGCCACACUGAGAUUAUCCAUGUUGAUGCUCAUGCUACUCUAAACAAUGGUGUGGUGGUCCAGGUGAUGGGGUUGCUCUCUAAUAACAACCAAGCCUUGCGAAGAUUUAUGCAGACACUUGUCCUUGCUCCUGAGGGCUCUGUUGCAAAUAAGUUCUAUGUUCAUAAUGAUAUCUUCAGUUACCAAGAUGAAGCCUUUGGUGGCUUUGUCACUGAGCCUCAGGAGGAAUCUGAGGAAGAAGUAGAGGAGACUGAAGAAAGACAGCAGAUACCAGAGGUGGUACCCGAUGAUGCUGGAACUUUCUAUAAUCAGACUGUCAGCACUGACUUAGAAGAACAUUUAGAGGAACCUGUUGUGGAACCAGAGCCUGAUCCAGAACCAGAACCAAGAACCUCACCUGCAGACAUACCUCAGACAGCACAGGAAGACUUGAGGACAUUUUCUUGGACAUCUGUGACUAGUAAGAAUCUUCCUCCCAGUGGAGCUGUUCCAGUUACUGGGAUCCCACCUCAUGUUGUUAAAGUUUCAACUUCACAGCCCCAUCCAGAGUCUAAGCCUGAAUCUCAGAUUCCACCGCAGAGACCUCAGAGGGAUCAAAGAGUGCGAGGACAACGAAUCAAUAUUCCUCCACAGAGGGGCCCUAGACCAAUUCAUGAAGCUGGUAAGCAAGGUGAUGUUGAACCUCGAAGAAUUGUAAGACACCCUGACAGUCACCAACUCUUCAUUGGCAACCUGCCUCAUGAAGUGGAUAAAUCAGAGCUUAAAGACUUCUUCCAAAACUAUAGGAAUGUGGUAGAGCUGCACAUUAACAGUGGUGGGAAACUACCCAAUUUUGGGUUUGUUGUGUUUGAUGACUCUGAACCUGUUCAGAAAGUUCUUAGUAACAGGCCUAUCAUGUUCAGAGGUGAAGUCUGUCUGAAUGUGGAAGAGAUAACCGCCUGCAGGUACCUGGAGGCCCUCCAGGCAGGCUGGGUGGUGGAUUGA